AUGCAUUAUCUUGUCCUGUUUCUAACGCUCAAUGAACUAAUUGUCAUUAGUCCCCUAGAAGAUCACAGCGGUGCGGAGAAAGGCCAUAUUGAGACUGUCAAUUUACAAAACAACGUGUCCGCGAGAAUCAAAAAUCCAUUGGCAGAUUUAACGAAAGACCAAGUUCUCCGUGAUGUGGAGGAAUUCGCUCAGCAACAUGAGUUAACAAAUAUUCUGCCUGAACUUCGAAAAGGAGCCUUGGUAGCUCGUGAUCCAGCUGAUUUUGAAACCGUACCCGAUCUAACUGAAACAGAGCUUACAGCUCUUCGGGAUGAGGUCCUUCACAAAUGGCGACAGCCAAGGUCUCUAUACUUCACUAUCAUUCUUUGUUCGGUCGGUGCAGCUGUUCAGGGUUGGGAUCAAACUGGAUCGAAUGGUGCCAAUUUAUCAUUCCCAGAUGCGUUUGGAAUACCUGAGUCGGGCGAGGACGCUGUUCGGAACCAAUGGCUUGUCGGCGUCAUCAAUUCAGGUCCAUAUCUAUCCAGUGCAUUCUUCAGUUGCUGGUUAUCGGAUCCAAUGAACCGUUAUCUUGGUCGUCGGGGAACUAUCUUCAUUGCCGCUAUUUUCUGUGUUUUGUCACCUAUUGGCUCCGCGUUCACACAAAACUGGCCGCAGCUGUUUAUCACACGUCUACUUCUCGGAAUUGGCAUGGGAUUAAAAGCCUCUACCAUCCCUAUAUUUUGCGCAGAGAAUGUACCUGCCAAUAUUCGAGGCGGCUUGGUUAUGUGUUGGCAACUCUGGACCGCGUUCGGAAUUUUCUUGGGAUACAGUGCCAACCUAGCGGUCAUGAAAAUUGGAAAGAUUGCCUGGCGCCUCCAGUUUGGCUCAGCUUUUAUCCCGGCUAUUCCAUUGCUCGUUGGAGUCUUUUUUUGUCCAGAGUCCCCACGUUGGUUUAUUAAGAGAGGGCAGUUCACAAAAGCUUACGAAUCUCUGACCCGACUACGGAAUACGCCUCUCCAAGCAGCCCGUGAUCUAUAUUACAUUCAUUCCCAGAUUAAGAUCGAGCAGGAAAUCAUUGGAGACAGUAAUUAUCUUACCCGCUUCUCUGAACUUUUCACGAUACCUCGGGUUCGGCGAGCUACACUCGCUUCUUUCACUGUUAUGAUUGCUCAACAGAUGUGUGGCAUCAACAUCGUCUCUUUUUACUCUUCAACUAUCUUUGCAAAUGCCGGCGCAAGCAACCAAGCUGCUCUUUUUGCCUCCUGGGGUACAGGGUUGGUAAAUUUCCUUUUCGCUUUCCCUGCUGUAUGGACUAUUGAUACAUGGGGUCGCCGAACCUUGCUUCUCUUCACUUUUCCGCAAAUGGCGUGGACGCUUCUCGCUGCUGGAUUCUGCUUCUACAUUCCAGAAGGCUCUCAGGCUCAUCUAGGGCUCAUCGCCUUUUUUGUCUUCUUAUUUGAGGCAUUCUAUUCCCCGGGCGAAGGGCCUGUGCCCUUUACUUACUCUGCGGAGGUUUUUCCGCUAUCGCAUCGCGAGGUCGGCAUGGCUUGGGCUGUUUCUAUCUGUUUAGGAUUUGCGGCUGUCUUGUCAAUUACGUUCCCUCGGAUGCUGUACGCUAUGACUGCAACCGGCGCCUUUGGAUUCUACGCAGGGCUAAACAUCACUGCUCUGAUCAUGAUCUUCCUUUGGGUUCCUGAGACAAAACAACGCACUCUGGAAGAAUUGGAUUAUGUCUUUGCUGUUCCUACCAGGGUUCACAUGCACUAUCAGGUAUUCAAAGUACUACCUUGGUGGAUCCAGCGAUAUAUCUUCCGCAGAAAUGUGGAGUUAGAACCAUUGUAUCACUUCGACAAGGUUGCUACGGAGAAGACAGCUGAGGAUGUACGGAAAAAGAGUGUGGUUUCCGCAAACUUGAAGUCUGAGGCUGGUUAA